AUGGCAUGGGCUGCUGGCACCUGCCCGGGGACACAAGCCUCUCUGCACCAGAGCCAAGGAGUGGGGGAGGAACGAGAAAUCAGGGGGCAGUCGAGGCGUCUGGGAGGGCUACUGGGAGAAGGAGAAGCGGGAGGAGUGAGUUCCGCUGGCGGGGGAAUUGAGGAACAAGAAGAGAUGAUCCGCUUCCGCGGGGGCCUCUCCUGGCCCUUAGGGGAGGUCCGGGCGCGGGAGCCCGGUGGGGCCGGGGCGGCUCCUGGCCUGAGCGAGGUCGGGCAGGACAAAGAAGUCGAACCACUCCAGAAAACGGCUCCUUUUCCCACAUUCGCCAGAGCUGGGGAGCGGCCCCUCCCCCACAGGGGGCCCCAGGACCGGUGGGCGGCGUCGGAAGGAGGCGGGGGGGCACUGGGGGCCGGCGCCAGGGGUUGGGGGUGCGGGGAAGGGGCCGGUGGGGCCGGCUGGGGCCGGCUGGGGGUAGGAUCGGUGGAGGGAGGGGACGAGCGGGGCGGGGAGGGGGCCGGGAAGGGCGCGGGGGUGGGAAAGGGGGGACGAGACCGGCCGGAGUGUGGGGGGGUGCACCACGUGGGGAGGGGACGGCGCUGGGUGAGGAGGGAGCUGGCGCCGGGGCCAGCGCGGGGGGCCGGGAGGGGUCAGGGAGGGAGGGGACUGCGCGGGGCGGGGCCGGGGGCCAGGGGCCAGCGCGGGGGGAGGCGGACGAGCGGAGGAGGAGGAGGAGGAGGAGGAGGGGCAGGGGCCGCGGAGUCUGGAGCGCCGGCGCCGCCCGCGCUCGCUCGGACGGGCUGUCGGUCGGGGUGA